GGUAAUAAUUUUAUGUUGCCGCUGUUGGGGUGACUAAAUAUUUAGUAACUAACUAACUAAUGGAAUUUUCAGUACGUAAUUAGCGGUAUACAGUACACCUAUCCUGUGGGCUAUUACUUUCAUAUCACAAAAUAUGGCUCUUGUGGAGAUUAACUUGAUUCCAGCUUGUGACAACACUUUCUACAAUAAGAGACAGGACACCAGUGCAAUUCAGGAUGUUGCGCUCAACCCUCAGAUUUAAAACUCCAUACUGAAGGGCUUGCGCAGCAUGGCGGCGACUAAGGGCAGCUUUUAUCGCGAAGAUCAAGGGAACCUCGAUCAUCAGGCAGAAGCCGUUCGCAAGUAUACCAAACCAGAAAGGCAUUCGACGACCCAGGAAGCCAAUCUAAAUUUAGGAGCGCACAGAGCUCGGAUGAAAUAUUUGGAGGAUGUGCUACCGGGAGGCAGAGAACCCAGUUACGUAGAGCGGCCACAAGUUCACGUGGGUAACUGGUGGUAUCGAUGCUGUGAAGAAGUUCCGGGUUUCGUCAAUUCAUUGGGACGCAGGUUGCCAGAUACUCUUACGAAGUGCAGUGAAUAUAAGGAAGAAUUUUCGGAAUAUUCACGAUUCUUUAAAAACUAUGCACCAACCGACAUUCGUGUGCCAGUGACUAAAUCAGCAACAGAAAGUGUUCCAUUCCUUGUGACCUUUAAGCACCGAUUUGCUGGACCAUCGGUCAACCACUACAUGAGCAUAUACAGUCGAGAUUUUGCAUUACCUCCACCUUUCCAACCUCCCUACAUGUCCGGAUUAUGCGAUAAAAAGCGCAGAAAAUGGUUUCAAGAUGUGCUGGACAAAGGGACACAUUUCUGUUCGACCUACCAGGAGAAUUACGAUCCGGACAUUUACGAGCAACAAACAAUGCCGUUACGAACAGCUUAUCACAACAUCAGCAGGGAAAAUGAAAUGGACCAGACAUUGCCAGAUACUGCACGUGCUUUCCAACGAACGGAAAACCAUUCUGUUCCUUCACAGAUAUCCCAUAAUUCGGCAAUGCUGUCAGAGACUAGCCCAAAUAAUGCUGAAAGAAAAUUCAUCCCAACCAUAAACGACGUCGACGACCUUAAGCAUUCAGCCCAUAAACAUGCACUUGCUGCGACUCGUGUUUGACUAAAACUAAAAGUGACUUGAUCAUGUACAAAUAAUAAUCGUAACAAUUUCUAAUAUCUGGUUUGUGUUUCCUCUAACAGUGGUAUGUUUGAGCUGGCACAAGAACGAUUUCCAAAUUAAUCCCAGAACGAUUUCCCAAUUUUUUCUAUUGCGCAUGGACGUCUGCGCAUAAUUUCCUAAGUAAGCACGCUACGCAUCAAAAUGAAGAUCAUGCGGCGAAGUGUGUCUACAGAGGCACAAGAAUUAGCAUCUGCGUGUCUAGCGUUUGCACAAUCAGUUUUGGGAAUAAACAUAAUAUA